CAACCCAAACACCCUGUCAAUGGAGUCCGUAGGUUCCAACUCCCCACCAGCCGAUCCCCAUUCUGCUAACGCUGACCGAUAUAACCUGGCCCAACAUGUAGCCGACCGGAUCAUCCGUGCCCUGCGCCACCCUCUCCGCCUCAUCCACCGCUCCAAUGCCGACUUCUUCGUCUUGGGUUCCACCGGCAAUGUGUACAAGGUGACCCUCGCAGCCAUCCCAUCCUGCUCCUGCCCCGACCGCACCGUGCCCUGCAAGCACGUCCUGUUCGUCAUCCUCCGUGUCCUCGGUUGCUCCUUGGACGACGCAUGCGUCUGGAGGCGGACGCUGAGGCCUUGCCAGCUCGCGCGCCUCCUGAGCACGCCGAUGGCCCCGGACGUCUUGGCCGGCGCCCGGGCGCGCGAGAGGUUUUACCAGCUGUUGCCGGGCGCCAACGGGACGGACCAUCAGACGGCCAUCGGGAGGGAGGACGACGGGGCCGUGUGCCCGAUAUGCUUGGAGGAGAUGGAAGGCGAAGCGGGACUGGCGACCUGCGGCGCGUGCGGGAACUCGCUGCAUGAGGAGUGCCUGGCGAGUUGGAAGAGGAGCCGAGGGAGGAGGGGAGUGAGGUGCGUGAUGUGCAGGGCGCGGUGGAGGAAGAGGAGGGAGCAGGAGCUGUACGUGAACCUGGCAGCCUACGUCGGUGAGGACGACAUGGUGGAGGAUUCCGGGGCAUCAUGCAACGGAGGUUAAGCUACGGGUUCCCGGCGGGGCUCCCAUGGUCGUCCAUCACUCCCUGCGUCCGCAGGCCAUUGCAUUGUGUGGCAGCAGCUUAUUGACGACAAUAUGGCCAUGGCAUUACAUGAUCUAGUUAGUGUACGGAUGAUAAUAUUUAGCCAGCAAAA